AUGGUAGUCAAUGACUUCAAAGGUCGCUCUCAAAAGGAGUUGAUGGCUCUCUGCAUCAACGAUAUUGUUGCAAAUUUGGUUGACGCACACGUACAUAAAAAGGAUGUUAAUUUGAAUCGGCUGAAAUGUGUGGUUGCUCAAAAAUAUGGCUUAAGCUCGCAACCUAAGCUGGUAGACAUCAUCGCCGGAGUUCCACAUGAGCACAAGGAGGCUUUGCUUCCGAAGUUGAAAGCUAAACCCGUUAGAACCGCUUCUGGUAUUGCUGUGGUGGCUGUGAUGAGUAAACCCCAUAGAUGUCCUCAUAUAAACUUCACUGGAAAUAUUUGUGUGUAUUGCCCUGGAGGGCCGGAUUCGGAUUUCGAGUACUCCACCCAAAGUUACACUGGAUAUGAACCCACUAGUAUGAGAGCUAUUAGAGCAAGGUACAAUCCGUAUUUACAAACCAGAGGUAGAAUAAAUCAACUUGCUCAGUUGGGUCACUCGAUUGAUAAGGUGGAGUUCAUUGUUAUGGGAGGAACAUUCAUGUCUCUUCCUAAAGAGUAUCGUGAUUAUUUCAUAAGAAACUUGCAUGAUGCACUCAGCGGUCAUACAUCGACUGAUGUUCCAGAGGCGGUUGCCUUCUCGGAAAGAAGUAAAAUGAAGUGUAUUGGAAUAACUAUUGAAACAAGGCCUGAUUAUUGUCUACCAAGACAUUUGGAUGAUAUGUUGAUGUAUGGAUGUACUCGGCUGGAGAUCGGAGUGCAAUCUACUUACGAAGAUGUUGCUCGAGAUACUAAUCGUGGUCAUACGGUUAAAAGUGUUUGUGAAACUUUCCAUAUGUCCAAAGAUACUGGUUACAAAGUUGUGAUUCAUAUGAUGCCAGAUUUGCCUAAUGUUGGAUUAGAGAGGGAUAUUGAACAGUUCAUGGAAUUAUUCCAAAAUCCUGAUUUCCGUCCCGACGGCUUGAAAUUAUAUCCUACUCUUGUUAUUCGUGGAACUGGCUUGUACGAGUUAUGGAAGAGUGGUCGCUACAAGAGUUAUCAACCAUCAGUACUUGUCGACCUUGUUGCUAAAAUUCUGGCUUUAGUGCCUCCUUGGACAAGAGUGUAUCGUGUUCAACGUGAUAUUCCCAUGCCAUUAGUUUCCUCUGGAGUAGAACACGGAAACUUGAGAGAACAUGCUCUAGCAAGAAUGAAACAAUUGGGAUUAUUGUGUCGAGAUGUAAGAACGAGAGAAGUCGGAAUACAGGAGAUUCAUAAUAAGAUCAGACCAUAUCAAGUUGAACUUAUCAGAAGAGACUAUGUUGCUAACGGAGGUUGGGAAACUUUCCUUGCAUAUGAAGACCCUGAUCAGGACAUCUUAGUAGGGUUGCUGCGCUUAAGAAAAAUAUCAGAUAAAGCACAUCGACCGGAACUGAAAGGGAAUGUCUCUAUUGUGAGAGAAUUACAUGUUUAUGGCUCUGUAGUAUCUGUGUCGAACAGAGACCCAAGCAAAUUCCAACAUCAGGGCUUCGGGCAAUUGUUGAUGGAAGAAGCCGCUCGUAUAGCUUUUGAAGAACAUGGUUCUGACAAGAUUUCUGUGAUUUCUGGAGUGGGAACUCGUGAUUACUACCGGAAGCUAGGAUAUGAGCUGGAUGGUCCAUACAUGAGCAAGACCUUGGGCUAA